ACAGCACUAGUGCGGAACAAUACAGUCCAGGUCUGCUGCCAAUUGAUUCUGAGCAAUCGUUAUAUCCUUACUCCACUUUUCCCUUCGCUCGAUUUGCACGCCGAUUCUCGAGUGACACCCGUUGAGCGUCGCACAAGCGACAAACAUUCGCCAUGACCACGAUUCACCACACGCCUCCGCCGGGUGCUCCCCCAUUCGCUAUUUAUGAAGACCCAGAAGAUCAAGAACCUCCUUCGCCGUCAGAAGUGUACGAAGGCGACGUGUCCUUCAACUCUGAAAUAUCGCUGCCAGGGGCCGAUGACGUUAUCCCUAGCAUUGAGACGGAGGAUGAACACGAAGAGUCCGAGCCUCAGCCAUAUAGAUCCUCAUACACUUCGCGACCGCCAAUUCUCUCAACCUCGCAAUCGCGUCGCGCUUCGGGUGUAACGACAACUAGCUUCAUCUCAUCGCUUCCGUCCGAGAUCUCGAUAUCCUCCAAACCCGCGGUACCAGGCAAUGGCGUCGAGACACGAUAUACGCCGCGGAAAGAACGACUGCCGUUUCGCAAUCCGUCCUCCGUCCGCGCCAUGCAGAUGUCCUCCCCGCCGCCGUUGCCUGCCUUCGAAACCUCCCGAGAGCGCCUAAAGGGAUCAUACAAGCUUGCGACGCCUAGCAAGAGCGGGAGGUCUGAGAGCGUUUCCACCACGGGGUCAAGGCGACCACGCUCCCAUAGAGAUAGUGUUCACCGGGAGUCUCAGGCGCAUCAGAGCCCACGACAUACACCAACGCCGCAGCAACAUCUGCCUCUGGUGCUGCUUCACGUUACGAUACUCCCGAUGCAAAUGCCAUAUGCUCAUGAGCUGAUGGUCAAGGUGAUGCCAGAGUGGUUAGUGGAGAACUACAAGAUAUUGGAAGAGAAGCUGCAGGAUAUUGUGUUAAUGCGACGAGGACUGUUGAUACCGCAUCCGAGGGAGGAAUACGAUGUCUUGGAGGAGAGGAUCUUAGAGAGCCUGGAGUUGAAGACACCGCGACUGCUCAAAUGCGGGCAUUUCGUUGGUCCGGAAGCGGAUAUAGAUGAUCAGGGAGAUGACGUGGAGGAUGUACGCAGUGUGACCGAUGACGUAACAGGACGAGGCAGUCGCAUGAGCGGGAUGAGCGGAGGCACGGUAACCGCUGAAGAGGAGGCUGAAUGGGCUUAUCCGACUCCUGAAGCCGAUGACGAAAGCAUUUGCACGGACUGUCACCGGCAGGUGAAGCGGCCCGGCAAAGGGGUCGGUCGUGGCACGAAGAGAUGGGACCUCAAAAUAUAUGCAGCAAACGGCUUGAUGCGCGCGGGUGCAUGGUCAGCAGCUUGGAGCGAGAUGGAGAGAUGCGACGUCGAGAUAUCACCCUGGAUACCUGAAGUGGUCAGGAAAGCCUUAGAGAAGAGAAUGGAAGAGGAGAAGGAGGCCAUGAGGAGGAAGCAGCUGUACGCCGCCGAACUACAGCUCCAGAUGGAAGAGGAAGCAGCGCGGCAAAGGCAGCUGGAGCAGGAGGCAGAAGCUAAGAGGAGAGCGGACGAAGCGGAGCUACAGACACGAAUCGAGGCUGAAGCAGCUGCCUUACAAAAGAAGUUGGAGGAAGAGGCAGCCGAAAAGAGGAGACUAGAAGAAUCGCUGGAUGAGAAAAUUGAAGAGGCAAAGGAGACCAUCAGGCUGGAGUUCGAGGCUCAAGCGCUUGCGGAGGCCCAUUCAGUGGCCGAACGACUACGGGCCAUGGAGGAGGCAUUGAAGAAAGAGCAGGAGAAAUCAUCCCCGCAGCCACCUCCAGUUGUAUCCCGUGGCCGAGCUCGCUGCCGCUCACACCAACCACACAUGGAUGAGAUCCCUCUCGGCACGCUCCUGAAAAACUACGUUCUUCUCCUUCUACGCGACCAAAGGAAUUUCUUUAUUUUACUGCUCAGCGUCUUGGUGGUCUUCUUAUCGAUGAAUAAGACACCUGAUGGGAGCACACGCUCCUCGCUAUCGACGGUAUCCGACAUUCCUUUGCCGCAUUUGCCCGACCCGACUUCGUCCCUCGUUAUGACUUCCUCCGCCACCACAACCGCGACGUCCAUCUCCACGCUUACCGUCACACAGCUACGGCCGGCGAGGAGCGACCAAAGCAUUCCUGCCCAGUCCUCCGUGGCGGUACCAAUCGAUAAGUCUAACCUUCGAAUCUCCUGUUCGGAAGAUGUGAUCUCUUCAAUACCAGAGAGCUCUGCGCAUGUUCCUUUCUCUACAGAUUCGCAAAGCCCGUGUAGAACCGCGGAAGUCGUGUCACACGAGGCCGAUCUGUCGCUAGCGUCUCCAUCCUUGUCGGCACCAGCGAUCACAGAAAAUGCUCAGCCGGCAUCAGGCACCGCCUCUGCAUCCGUUAGACCCGCUCAGCCCGAAGAGAUACUUUCUCCGAUGCAAUCAGAUGAGGCGCCAUCUGUGUCAACCUCGGCUGCUGUUGCGGAGGCGUUGGAGGCAGAUCACAUUUCAGAAUCCCCUCCCCAGAACGCAGAGGGGGCAGUAGAAGAUCCUCUAGGCUCGCAUGAGAAGGAUGAGCUAUGA